GUCGGGGCGGGCGGGGCCGCGGCCAAGAUGGAGGCGCGGGGCGGGGGGGCGGCGGGGCCGUGCGGCCAUCAGGGCUCGUGGGCGGCACGGGCUCAGCCCCAGCGCCCCGGCCGGCACUGACACCUGCUCCAGACACUCGCCUCUCCGCGCCCCUCCCCAGCACCGCUGACCCCACCAGCUGCCAUGGACCCCCCAGGUGACACAGAGGGGGGAUCUGGCCCUGAAGCCUCGUUGGAACUCCUGUCCCGCUCCCAGCUCCACGCUGCCCUCCCCACCUCAGGGCCGGAGGGGCCGGCGGAGGCGUGUGGGGAGCGGCGGGGCACGGGGCUGGAUGCGGCAGCACGGGAGCGGCAACUGCAGCGGGAGCUGCUGGCCCUCAAGCAGCAGCAGCAACUCCAGAAGCAGCUGCUCUUUGCUGAGUUCCAGAAGCAGCACGAGCACCUCACCCGCCAGCACGAGGUGCAACUCCAGAAGCACCUUAAGCAGCAGGAAGCGCUGGCUGCGCGCCGGCAGCAGGAGCUGGAGCAGCAGCGGCAGCGCGAGCGGCAGGAGGCCCUGGAGCAGCAGCGCCUGGAGCAGCUGCGUGCCCUGCGCACCAAGGACAAGAGCCGCGAGAGCGCCAUCGCCAGCACAGAGGUGAAGCUGAAGCUGCAGGAGUUCCUGCUCAGCAAGACAAAGGAGCCAGGCACCAGCCACCCCAACCAUUCCCUCCCCCAGCACCCCAAAUGUUGGGCGCACCACACCUCGUUGGACCAGAGCUCCCCCCCGCAGACCGGCAGUCCAGGGACCCCCCCGUCCUACAAACUCCCCGUCCUUGGCACCUAUGACGGCCGGGAUGAUUUCCCGCUCCGCAAAACCGCCUCUGAACCCAACCUGAAAGUGCGCUCACGGUUAAAACAGAAGGUGGCAGAGCGCAGGAGCAGCCCCCUGCUGCGGAGGAAGGAUGGCACCGUCAUCAGCACCUUCAAGAAGCGAGCGGUCGAGAUCACGGUGUCCUCCGUGUGCAGCAGCGCCCCAGGCUCCGGGCCCAGCUCCCCCAACAGCUCCCACAGCACCAUCGCCGAGAACGGCUUCACCGGCUCCGUCCCCAAUAUCCACGCCGAGCUCCUGCCCCAGCACCGAGCCCUCACCCUGGACGGCGCCAGCCAGCUCAACCUCUACACAUCCCCAUCCCUGCCCAACAUCUCCCUGGGGCUGCAGGCCACUGUCACCGUCACCAACUCCCACCUCAGCGCGUCCCCAAAGCUGUCCCCGCAGGCGGAGGUCGAACGCCCGGCCGUGACUGCACUGUGCCCCGGGGCCACACUCACCGGAAAGUUCUUAAGCACGUCCUCCAUCCCGGGCUGCCUCCUGGGGGUGGCUCUGGAGGGGGACUCCCCCGCUGGCCCUGCAUCCCUCCUGCAGCACGUCCUGCUGCUGGAGCAGGCGCGCCAGCAGAGCACCCUCAUUGCUGUGCCGCUGCACGGGCAAUCGCCACUGGUGACCGGGGAGCGCAUGGGCAGCGUGCGGACAGUGGGGAAGCUGCCACGGCACCGGCCCCUGAGCCGCACGCAGUCGUCUCCGCUGCCCCAGAGCCCCCAGACCCUGCCCCAUGGCGCCAUCCAGCACCACUUCCUCGACAAGCAGCAGGUCCAGCUGGGCAAGCUGCUCCCCAAGGCGGGGGAGCUGGUGCGGCAGCCCCCGACCCACCCCGAGGAGACGGAGGAGGAGCUGACGGAGCAGCAGUCACCCCCACCAGGGGACGGAGUCCCCUUGGGUGCCCCCAUUGCCCCCUUGGACGGUGGGGAGCCCCCAGAGCGGCUACCGGACCCCGAGGGCUGCAAGGUCCCCCACGAGGAGCCAGGUGACAGCGGGGACGAGGCCGAGCCCCCCGGGGUCCCCGAUGUGGCCGAGCUGGGGGUCUCGUACAAGCAGGUGCCGCUGCAGCUGUACCCCCCUCCGCCCCUGGGCAUCCUGGCACUGCCCCAUCCCACCCUCGCCCGCGCGCAGUCGUCCCCCGCCAGCGCUAAGGCCCCUGUGCCCGACGGGACCCCCAACCUCUUCACCACAGGCGUGGUGUACGACACGUUCAUGCUGAAGCACCAGUGCACCUGCGGGAACACCAACAUCCACCCUGAGCACGCUGGCCGCAUCCAGAGCAUCUGGUCCCGCCUGCAGGAGACCGGCCUCCUCGGCAAGUGCGAGCGCAUCCGGGGCAGGAAGGCAACACUGGAGGAGAUCCAGACGGUGCACUCGGAGCAUCACACGCUGCUCUACGGCACCAGCCCCCUCAACCGCCAGAAGCUCGACAGCAAGAAGCUCCUGGGUCCCAUCGGCCAAAAGACAUACACGGUGCUGCCGUGUGGAGGCAUCGGGGUUGACAGUGACACAGUGUGGAACGAGAUGCACUCGUCCAGUGCCGUGCGCAUGGCGGUGGGCUGCCUAGUGGAGCUCGCCUUCAAGGUGGCCAACGGGGAGAUCAAGAAUGGUUUCGCCGUCAUCCGCCCCCCAGGGCACCACGCGGAGGAGUCCACGGCCAUGGGCUUCUGUUUCUUCAACUCAGUGGCCAUCUCGGCCAAACUGCUCCAGCAGAAGCUGAGCGUGGGCAGGAUCCUCAUCGUGGACUGGGACAUCCACCAUGGGAAUGGGACCCAGCAGGCCUUCUACAGUGACCCCGACGUGCUCUACAUCUCCCUGCACCGCUACGAUGACGGCAACUUCUUCCCGGGCAGCGGGGCGCCUGAGGAGGUCGGCAGUGGGAUGGGAGUGGGCUACAACAUCAACAUCGCCUGGACCGGCGGCGUUGACCCCCCCAUUGGGGACGUGGAGUAUCUCACUGCCUUCAGGACCGUGGUGAUGCCCAUCGCCAACGAGUUCUCCCCAGAUGUGGUGCUGGUCUCCGCUGGCUUCGAUGCCGUCGAGGGCCACCUCUCCCCACUCGGCGGCUACUCCGUCACCGCCAAAUGUUUCGGCCACUUGACGAAGCAGCUGAUGAUGCUGGCGGGCGGGCGUGUGGUGCUGGCGCUAGAGGGGGGUCAUGACCUGACGGCCAUCUGCGAUGCCUCCGAGGCCUGCGUCUCCGCUCUACUGGGCCUGGAGCUGGAGCCCCUGGAUCCAUCCCUGCUGCAGCAGAAGCCAAACGUGAACGCAGUGGCCACCCUGGAGAAGGUCAUCGAGAUCCAGAGCCGGCACUGGGGCUCGGUGAAGCGCUUUGCCACGGCUGUGGGCUGCUCCCUGCUGGAGGCGCAGAAAAGGGAGGCGGAGGAGGCCGAGACGGUGACGGCCAUGGCCCUGCUCUCAGUGGGCGCCGAGCAGGGGGGCGCUGACCCCCAGCCCAGGGCUGAGCGCUGGGCCCUGCACAGGAUGCGGCCUCGCUUAAGCCCCACUUUGCCCCUGGCCAGGCUGGCGGAGGAGCCGAUGGAGGCUGAGCCUGCGCUGUGACCCUGUCCCUCGCCACAGCUGGGAUUGUUUCCAUUUCUGAAAAAGAGAGAAACACCGAGAAGAUCGAAAAACACAGAAAAAUCAUGUUAAAAAAAAAAAAAAAACACAUUAAAAGAAAAAAGACAAAAAAAAACCCCACGAUGGAGGAAACUGGGAGAAAAAACAGAAAAAAGAGGAAAAUAUUUUCUUUUUCUAUUAAAAAGAGAAGAAAAACACAAAAAAAUCCCCCUGUCCUGUUGGACCCCAGCUCCACGUCGUGUUUGCAGUCGUGUCUCUUGUGAAGCAUCAGUUCCACCAGCACCCCCACUCCUCCCACCCCUCCGUCCGUUCCUCUGUCCAUCUGUCUGUUGGGUUUCCUGUCGCUGCCCUGGGCCCCCCUGGCCCCACUGCGGCUCCUCUUUUUGUGUUUUUAGGGGGUUUUCCUUGUUUUCUCCCCUUUUUGUUUUCCCCACUUGUUCCCUCCCUGGCUCCGGCGUCCAUCCCACCCUGGGGGAAGCGAGGGGAAGUAUUUGUGCCUUUGAGUAAGUCGGUUUUAUUUUAAUGCCUUAAUUUCCCUGUGAUUUUGGGUUUUCUGAAUCCUGUUUAUUUUCCCCCGGGCAUCCCUGCUUUGGAGGGGGACAUGGGGAGCAGGGGAUGAGCCCCAUCCCUCUGUCACCCUGGGCCGAUGGGUGACGGAUCCCAGCACCUUUGUUGGGAUCAAACCUUGUCCAUUCCUAAAAGAGAGGAGAGGAAAAAAAGAAAAAAAAAAGAGGAAAAAACCACUUUAUCUUCCUGUAAGUUCACCAGCCGGAGGGGACUCGGAGCUAUUUUAGCUUUAAAAGAGAGGAAAAGCCCACCCACGCCACACAAAGGUAUAUAAUUUUAUUACAGAUGUAUUAUUUAAUAAUAUUUUUUUUACCGUGGGUCCUGGGCGCAGGAGGGCACGGGGACAGCUCCGUGGCUUAAGUUUAUUCCGGCGGGGUUUGGGGUGGCUCUGGGGGUCCCCGCAGAGGGGCAGGGCGGCAGAGAUGGGGAUGGGGGCAAUUCCCCCGCCGGCCCGGCCGUGGUGUGGGGUGAAGAGAGUCAGCGAGGUCUCUCUUGCUCCAGGCCGGUGCCCCUGCAUUCCCCGCCCCGGUCUCCCUUCUGUCCACCCGCUCGUGCGCUCGAUAUGGGUUUCAGUUGAGUAUUUUGUAAUAUGUUACCAAUGUUCGUCCUUGUAUAAAUACAAA